AUGACACGGCAUAGCCUCUUGCCAUGGCAUCGAGGGAUUCCCGUAUUAUUUGCUUCCGCACAAGCUGUGGCGAUGGAAAACUUGUUGGCGCAAAAGUCCGUCUCCAGCAUUCAGGAGUGGCAGGACAGCCUUGCAGACGAGACGGCAGCAUUACGAGACGUCUCCUCUGAUGUUUGCUGGCAAGCUGGCUUCACAAAAGAGAAGUGUUGUCGUGGAGAUGCAUCGACCACCCCGGAAUGCUGGGAUGGAAGCUACAGCUUUGGGGAGUGCUGCCCCAACGCUGACUGCUGGGAAGGAGACUUUACCUUCGACUUCUGCUGUGGGGCAAAAUAUGGCUCGACGGGCAAUCAAGCCUGCUGGGCUGGUUCCUUCACACAUCAGCUGUGCUGUUUGGCCAAUGCGACCUCAAACAGUUGGGCAGAUGUGCUUGCAUCACAGGUCGAGACGGAGCAGUUCUACAAAAUGGAUGAUUUUUACACCGAUGCGCAGUAUGGAGAUGAGUGGGGCUAUUAUUCAAAGGGCCAUGUGCUGUUGGGUGGAGGUAAAGGCGGUCAAGGAGAGACCCAAGGCACGCAGCAAUUUGCGCACUUCACCACUUACCCUAUGGCACUAUCGCCGCACUUUGCAAGAGUAUUCUGCCGCUUGCUCUUCGUCAUGUGGGUCCAGCUCGACGAGCGCGCCCCAUUCCGCGUGGUGGAAAUGGGUGCAGGUUCCGGUCAGCUGGCCUAUGACACCCAGCAGUGCGUUCGAACCAAUGCACUGGGGCUGGCGCCCUCUGUGUGGCGUCGUUGGGCGGCGGCCUUCGAGUAUACAAUCAUGGAGAGGUCUCCGGCACUUCGCAAGAGGCAACAAUCUCGAGGACUCCGAUCGGUGGCUGGGGACGCACAAAGUACGGCCAGCUGCAAGUCCGUCUUGGCUGCCCUGGCAGCAUCAACAGCCUGCCAAGGCGCAGAAGGCUUGGAUGCUCCAGAAUGCGAGGCCAGGGAUCGAGGCACGGCAGAGGCUGGUGCUUCUGUGGUGCUCUCCAAUGAGCUGCUGGAUGCGUUUGCCCCCGUGAAGCUGCGGUUCGGCCUGUAUGGGCAGCCAAACAUCACCCACUGCGGUUCCUGGCAGGAGGUGCGAUUGGUGCACACGAUCCCAGAGGAGAGACUACGAAAUCUGUUGGCGAUCAUGGGCUUUUCUGAGGCGUGGUUAGAGGGAACGAUUCAACAAGUGCGCAGCUACACGGAGACCACAUUCUGCGCUAUGGCCAACACAUCGAUAGGCUAUGAGGCGCAGCAGAAGGUCGAUGUUAACACAUCUUGCUUGGCAAUCGCCUUCAGCUUGAGUGAACUGGUGAACCACCUGGACCUUGGAAUCCCUUUCGCGUCGCACAACAUGCGGAUGAGAAUCAGGAAGGACUCGAAGCUGUCUGAUCGCUUGCGCACGAUCACCAGCCGUCUUGAUAGUGAACUACAGGCGUCGGUGGCGCUGCCUCGCGACAUCUACCGCCAGAUCCGUCACCAACUUCGCGACUUGCCGGACGUUGAGGCGGAGUUUCUGCAUGCCACGCAGACCCACUUGCUGCCAGUCUCCCUGUCAGAGGAUCGAUGCGAAGAGCUUGCAUGGUGGUUUGACGCCCACGAGCCACGCAUCGCCAGACUGGCGCUAUUCUAUCGCAAGCUGGGCUAUCCGGCCCUUCAUGUUGUGGUGCGGCCAGGGGAGGACAACUUCAUCGAUUUGGUGGAUUGCCUGCUGGGGCCAACUGGUGGCUACAAGCUUAGCCUGGACUACGGUGCCAACUUCGAGGGGCUCGCGCACAGCCUCAGUGUCGAUGGGGACAAUGAUGGUAUCUUCGUGCCACCGAUCCCACAUGAACUUAUGGCUGGCUUGCCAGAAUGCCACAACUUUUGGCCAAAAUGCGCCGGGCGCAUUGACUGGACAACCUUCGUGGAUUUCACAAACCUAGCAGCGGCGGGCGAGAGACGUGGAUGGCGAACUCUGUUCUAUGGUCCGCAGAAUCUUCUGGAACAGCUGAGCCGGUUGAACUUAACCCUGAACGCCCAUCAGCUGCACCAUUUCCGGCUGAAGUGCAUCUUGAUACUGUUGUGGCAUGAGGUGAGCGCGGGUGAGUGUCAGUGGGUGACCGCAACUAAGGGCAGGUCCUACUCAGUGCCCGGAUAUGCAGUCCUGCAGGAUGACUGGAUCUCCCGACACAUAAAGGGCUGGUAUGGAAGGGAGAGUGACAUGGACGGCACUGGUGUGCAGAGGUGGACAUCCUUCAAAGCCUUGCUGCUGGAAAAGCCAUCCACAAGGCAGAUGCCAAGACCAAUCCUAUUCCCGUCCUGGCACUUGGACACACGAUUGGUGGAUCCGUGUUGGAGUUUCGACCCCUCAACAGUACCGCUUGCCGAUUGGCUCCCCAGGCAAGACAGCGAUCCGCAUGCUGCGCUAUUGAAGCUUACCGACGAGAUUAACAGCGGACUCGGAAGGCAGUACGCAGAAGGCUACGAAGAGGCCCAGUUGGGCGUUCGCCUUGUGGAUUUCAUCGUUGCCAAGUCUGGCUGUGACAUGCUGCGCCCCGAGAAUGCGGCCGCGUUGCUGGAGCGUCCCAGCAAUUGGCAAGCGCUGAGCGGGCGGCGAUUACUGCGAAAGUGGGGCGAGAUGUGGGGGGAGGAGACGGUCUCACGGGUGGCCCUGGAGCUCUUCAAGCGAUUGGCAGAGGAUGAAUCGCAGCCACCAGCCUCUCCUUUCGCCUGUGCUGGCCAGCAAGCAAUGAUGUUGUUGUGCAACUCUCCUGGGGGUGGCAGCAAGAUCGGACCAGUACGCUAG